AUUCAUUUUGCAUAUACUACUCUACAUGCUGAGAGAAAAGAUUCUAAUUCAGCAUUUCCCUGUAAAACAUUUGUUUUCUGUGUAUGAAGAGCUUUACUCCUUGCAUUAAAAAAACAUUUUUAUGAUCUAACACCUGCAUAUUGACAUGGUACAGUGGAGAGAGAAGAUUGCUGCCUCCAUGUCUUAUGCCAUAUGAACCUCCUAGUUCCGGGAGGCUGAGGGCGCAUUCACUCUUCAAAUAUUGGUUUGUUAUAAGUGAUCCCCUUUUCUGAGUCCAUGAUGUACAUGUUUAAGCCUCUUUAAAGUUGCCUUAGCUUUCCUCAAGCCGGAGUUUUUGAAGUAUGCUGGACUACAACUCUGGCAAUCCCACAGCCAGCUACAUUGGCUGUGCAGUCAUGGGCGAUGUAGGUCUAAAAGACAUUGUGCUGCCAUAUUAGGAAGGCUGCCUUAACUGGAUUAUGGUAAAGCUCUGAAGUUUUACUGUGGGUGGCAGCCACAUUUUCUCUGGGCAACUAGAGCUUGGAAAUGAUGGAUGUCAAUUUGUGUGCUCCAGCCUGUGGUAUUCAGAGUAGAUGGUCUUGGUGAGAAAGGAGCUCUUUAGUUAUAAUAUCUAUGGUAAGCCCUCACCCUGGACCCCUUGGAUUGAAAGGCGGUUAAGAAGUAUUGGUUGUGAUUGAUGUGCCAUUAUGUCAAGGUGACCCUAAUAGUGUUUUUCAGGAGAUUUUGAAGAAAUGGUUUUAUCAUUGCUUCUCCACAGUGUCUUUCCAUGACUGAGCAAGGGAUUUGAACCCAAGUCUUAAGUCUGACACUUUGUCUGCUAGACCACACUGACAUGCUAGGGAUGAACCUGUCUCCUGACCAUUUCUUUUACACUUCUGGGGUAAAACGUUCUGAGAGGAGAGCUGCAGUAGUAGGAGCCAGUGUGGUGCAGCAGUUAAGAGUGUUGGGCUGGACCUUGGGAGAUUUCAGAAUCAAGUUCUGGCUGAACCAGGAAAGUCAACGGGAUGAUCUUGGGCCAGUCCUGCUGUCUGCCUGGCUCACCUUGCCAGGUUGUCGUGAGGUUAAAGUGGGGAAGAGGAGACCCCUUUGAGCUCAUUGGAAGAACAAUGAGAUGUAAACGUAUCAAACAAAUGGUUGACCAGCUGGAUUUCUUCUUGUGAAAAGGAGCAAAGUCUUGUACAUGAAGGGAAAAGACAGGAAAGCACACUCCGUUAACUCUGUUUAUGGAAAAUCCCCUUAGCGCUUAGUAUAGCAAAUAAUUUGAAAACCUCCCUGGGCUCCUUGGGUUCAAACACAGUUAAGAAAUCCUGGAAAUGGAUGAGCCUGCAACAAUAUGUGAUCAAAGCAGAAGGGGGAGGGAAGAAAAUAUUGCAGGCAGACACUGGUGUGGUCAGAGUAGGAAAUGAGAUGCAAAGUUCUGCAACAGAAUGUGUUGAGAGAAAGCCACAGAGGGAUUGAACCAAGCCUCACGUUCAGACCUACAGGCAAAAUGAAGCUGACCCUUCCAACCGUGUUCCUUGUCUGCAUUGGGUGGUGUUUUUCUCUGUCUUCAAGUUUCAGCGUGAUCGAUACAGAGACCCCAGUGAUUUUCAAAGGCAACAAGGCUGAUCAGUUUGGCUAUCGUGUCAUCCAAACAAAAUCAAACAGGGCACCUUGGUUAAUAGUGAGUGCCCCCCUCUCAGGCAACCGGACGGGCUCCCUUUUCCGCUGCUCGUAUGAUACAGAGAAGUGCCAGCCACUCAUUCUUCACCAUAACUACACUCCUGGUAUAUCCUUGGGCUUCUCGCUGGCAGCUGAUGAAGUGACUGAUUCCAAAAUUGUGGCCUGUGGCCCAACUUGGGAGCGCCGGUGUGGAGAAUUUGAUUAUUUGAAUGGUGUCUGCUACAUCAUGAACAAUUUUGAUCAAAACUUGAAAGUGGUCCGUCCAGCUUUCCAAGAGUGUGUCUCCGGUGUGGAUGCUGUGAUCUUAUAUGAUGACUCUAGGAGCAUCAACGACGCUGCUUUCCAGACCAUGCAGACCUUCUUCCUCAAUCUAACAAAUUCUGUAAAUGACCUGGAUGUACAGUUUGCUGUGGUCCAAUAUUCCUCCGACCCCUUUCUUAUUUUUGAUUUCACUGCAUAUAAUAACACUGGAGGCCAAGUAAGGAACACUCUCCACAGUGCCCAGCGGAUCAGAGGAAACACUUUCACCCCUACAGCCAUCCGCUUUGUGGUGGAAAAGGUUUUUAUUCCUGAGCGCGGCAUGCGACCGGACAGCAAGAAACUCCUCAUCGUUCUGACGGAUGGCAUCUCCAAUGAUCAACGUAACACGUUCGAGGAAGCCAAGCAGGCUGCGGAUGCAAAAGGCAUCAUCCGUUAUGCCAUCGGGGUUGGUCAGAACUUCGUUGAAGGACAAGAUGAGCUACAUAAAAUUGCCUCAUCAGCUCACAAUAUUUUCUCAGUAAAGAGUUUUGACGCACUUCAUAGCCUUCAGGAAGAGCUGAAAGAGAAGAUUUUCGCCAUUGAAGGGACCUCUGGAGCCUCGCCUGGCAGUUCAUUCCAGCUAGAACUUUCCCAAGGUGGAUUCAGCACCCUUCUCACUGCUGAACAUUUGUUAACUGGAGCAGUUGGAGCCUAUGGCUGGUCUGGGGGUCUGGAAAAAGGGUUCUUGGCACAGCCUCCCCAAACCAAAUUUCUGAAUGACUCCACUGCUCACUCUGAGGACUCCUAUUUGGGUUAUGCUGUGGCUCUGGCUCAUCGUGGCCAGCUGGCUUUCUACAUUGCGGGAGCUCCACGGUACCAGCAUGUUGGGAGAGUCUUAGCUUUCGAAAGCCAGAAUAGCCAGAUAACUGCAACUGUUUGGGGCAAACAGGUGGGUUCUUACUAUGGUGCUGAGCUUUCCUCAGUGGAUCUAAAUGCAGAUGGAAAUACAGACCUCAUUCUGAUCGGUGCUCCCCUUAACUACAAUGGGACACAUGGUGGGCUGGUUGAGGUCUGCACCAUGGAUGAUAUGGGUGGCCUUGUUUGCGUCCAGACACUUCAUGGGGUCCCUGGCAAUGGACUAGGACGGUUUGGGGCAGCCCUCUGCUCUUUAGGGGACGUGAGUGGAGACGGCCUUGCCGAUGUGGCAGUAGGCGCUCCCAUGGAGGACGAAGAACAUGGAGCCAUUUACAUUUUCUUGGGAGAAACCGAUAGGUUGAGGGAACAGCAUAGCCAGCGUAUCUCUGCCACUUCUCUUUCUCCCACACUCCACUACUUUGGACAGUCCCUCCAGGGAAGGCUGGACCUGAGUGGGGACCAACUGGUGGACAUAGCAGUUGGCUCAAAAGGAAGCGCAGUGCUGCUUCGAUCCAGGCCUGUCUUCACGGUCAUCUCUUCACUGAGUUUCUCACCCACCUUGAUUUCCUUGGAUGACCCUAACUGUGGAAGCGGAAAAGUUUCUGGCUUUGGGCCCCGUGGGAACCUCAGUCUUUGCUUCACCCUGAAACUUCUGAGCAAAAAGUGGAGCAGCGGUCCUCUGCGAACUACCAUCUCUUUUAAUCUCCAGCCUGAUGCGAAUCAGUCUUUGCCACGUCUUACGGUAGAGAACGAGGCCCCCAGCCUUGCAGAAACCAUCCGGGUUGCAAGUAUGCCAGUCUGUGUGGAAAAGAUCCUCCAAGCUCCGGUCUGUCUGGAUGAUACCUUCACUCCAGUUGUGUUGCGGGCAAACUUCUCAGUUCAGGGGGACCCAGAUAUCUCUGCUAAGAAUCUACGCCCCGUCCUUGACCCUGGGACUAACCUUUCUGCCCAAAUCCAGGUUCCCUUCAAGCAAGAUUGUGGCUCCAAUGAUAUUUGUGUGUCUGAUCUUCGCAUCUCCUUCAAUUUUUCAGGGUCAAAGGGCCUUAAACUGAGUCCAAAUUUCAUACUGAACUUAACAGUGAAACUAGAAAAUGUGGGAGAGACAGCAUAUGAGCCAGGCCUUUCCUUUUACUACUCCCCUAUUUUGUCCUUCCAGAGAGCUUCAGUUCUUCAGUCUAAUUGGCGCUUGUCCCCUGCUUGUGAAAUGCAUGGAUCCCAAGGAAAUACAUCUGUCCGUCACAGUUCCUGCAGUUUCAGGCCCCCAAUCCUCAAAAGAGGCAUUCAGGCCUUCCUGCAAUUUUCCUUCCGCUCCUCCAGUGGCGACUCUUGGCAGAGCAAGUUUGCUUACUUCACCAUCCAAGCACACAGUCAGAAUGAAAAUAACACACUAAGCGACAACAAGGCCACAGAACAGCUGCCAGUGCUGCACCCAGUCAAUGUUAUUGUGAAGGGGCUUGAAUCCACUGCAUAUCUUAAUUUCUCUACCAGGAUUCCCGAGAAGAAAAUACUUACACACGCCUAUGAGGUCAGAAACUUAGGCUCAAACAUCACCCCAGUCAAUGUGACCUUUAAGCUCCCCUUAAAGACUAAAUUGGGUUUCUUCUGGAAUGUUACCCCGACCCAUGACGACGUAAUGAAUCGGUUCUCAUGCAUGUUCACUUUCAAAAAAGGAAUCAAGACUAAGGACCUUAAAAAACCUAGCACGAGAGGAUGCUUGGGAGCUUCCAUCUGCUCUACAUUUCAGUGCCUAAUUGCCAAUCUCUCUCUGGGUGAAGGGAUCACAUUCAUUUUUUCUGGAGAAUUUUACAUACAAGAUGAUAUUAAGCUAGAGUCCCAAAGUCUCAACCUUCGCAGUGAGGCAUCUGUGGUUGUAGAUGAAACCAGGUUUUUCCAGAGUCAGCCAGAGGAAUUUCACUUCACCCAGAUCAACACUGUAGUUGAGCUGAUUUCGCCAUUCAAUCCCGUUCCCAUCAUUGUGGGCAGCACCAUCGGUGGCAUCCUGCUCUUGGCCAUUUUAGUGGCUAUUUUGUACAAGCUCGGAUUCUUUAAACGUAAGCGUUUGCCCCAAACGGAUGAGACCGCAGCAGGACCAGCUGACCCCAUUGAACAAGCUCCUCAAGCAUCAAGCAGCGGCUAAGCAGGAAAAGGAAUUAUGGUUUUGGCAGAGAGCUGAAAGCCAGGAUCCCUGCAUUUGCUGAAACAGGAAUGGGGAGGCAGGACCUCUGGAUUCCCUGAGAAAACAAGAGGGUGGGGGAGUGGAGAGAAUGAGGCUGGGAGCCAGGACAGAGUUUAAUAAUUUAAUUAAAAAGAUUUUUUUUAAAUGAAAA